AAUACAAACACGUUACAAAAUUAAUAUUUGCCUAAAUAUUGUCUUUUAAACACCUGUGUAAUAAUCAAAACCUAAAAUCUUGUCUUUCUUCAAGCACCUGUAAAACUAUGGCUAUUUCUUCAUCUUCCACCUUUGCGUCUAAAACCCUAAAAUUUUCUGCACCAAAAGCUUCAAUUUUGAACCUCCAUUACUCUCCCCCAUCCAAAACUUAUCUCAAAUCCAAUCUGAAUUUUACCUUAAAGCCCCCAUCUUUGUCUCUUUCCUUCAAUCCCCACAAAGUCAAACCCCCAAUCAAGAAAAGUCAACGCAAUGGAUUUGAAGUCAAUUCCUUGUUCACUGGCAUUGUUGAAGAAAUGGGUGAAAUUAAAGAGCUCGGGGUCUCGAAAAUUGAUGGUGGGUUUGAUAUGAAAAUUAAAGGGAAGGUGGUUCUUGAAGAUGUUAAUUUGGGUGACAGCAUUGCUGUGAAUGGUACUUGUUUAACAGUUACGCAUUUUGAUAAAAAAUUGAGUGAAUUUACAGUGGGGUUGGCUCCGGAGACAUUGAGGCUAACUUCGUUGAUUGAGCUUGAGGCAGGUUCAGUUGUAAAUUUGGAGAGGGCGGUGAAGCCGUCGACUCGAAUGGGGGGGCAUUUUGUGCAAGGCCAUGUGGAUGGGACUGGGGAGAUUGUGGGGAAAGAAGUGGAGGGGGAUUCUUUGUGGAUUAAGGUUAAGACGACACCAGAGAUUUUGAAGUACAUUGUGCCGAAAGGGUAUAUUACGGUGGAUGGAACUAGUUUGACUGUAGUGAAGCUGUUUGAUGAGGAGGACUGCUUUAAUUUUAUGUUGGUGGAGUAUACUCAGCAGAAUGUGGUGAUACCAUUGAAGAAAGUUGGGCAGAAGGUGAAUUUGGAGGUUGAUAUACUUGGUAAGUAUGUGGAGAGGCUACUAAGUAGUGGUUUUGUUGGUGCUAUGAAAUCGGCGUGAUGAUUUGAAGUUGAAAUUGCCACGUGGUUGUUUACGAAGAAUAAAUUAAGGUCCUCUGUAAGUGCAAUGUACUCUCGAAACUGUUAAUUUGCAAUUAUGUGAGCUAGUUGGUUUAUGUGUAAUUUCAUUGUUUUUGAUGAUUGGUAAUAUGAAUAAGAAUAUAUGCAUCUUGAUCC